GAAACGUUCUUGCAAUUUGUGAUAUAUACUUUUACCUGGACUAACUAAAUGUUAGUUAAAGCAUUCCAAAUUGAAUAUAUUCUACACAAAAACACCUAACUUUCUGUCCUUAGCCAAAUUAUUAUGAUACAAUGUGCCCAUAAUGAAAAGAAGGUUAAAGGAUAGAGAAUUGAAGUAAUCGUUUAUUCGUUACUUGUAUUCUAUUGGAUAAACUAUAAAAAAGGAAGAGUAAUUUUUUAUUCCUAACACAAAUGUGAGAUAAAUCGAUUGGAAGGCUAAAUAGUGAAAAUAUAGAUAAACAUACACAUAUUCUAUAUAUCAACCUUACGUCAGAUUGAUGUUGAAGGGAAGUAAUGGAAAAUUAUAUAAGAAUUUAGAUUGGUUUACUUAUGAUGCCCUUAAUUUUGAUCGAUAAAUUUAUUGAAAUGUAACCAUGUGCAGAUAACCAAUACGCCUACAUAAUCAUUGAAAUUAACACAAACAACUUGAUAUUUAUUCUUAUUUACACAUUUCCUUCUCUUCACGUACUACACCCAAUUCUAACAUUACAACAAAAUGAGUGACGAAGAAAGCCAACAAAGUUCAUCGGAAGAAUCUGAGGAAGAGUCUGAAGAGGAGACUGAGAAAGAAAAAAGGGAAAAGGAAGAAGAACGUCGACGCAGAGAGGAAGAGGUAGCUCAAGAAAGACAGCGUAAACUAGAGGAGAAGAAACGUAAAGAAGCUGAAGAAGCCUCGAAGAAACAACGUAAACCUGGUCAGAAGCGUAAAGGUUUAGGUGGUUUGUCGAAAGAGAAGAAACGACUGUUGAAACAACUGAUUAUGCAAAAAGCUGCUGAUGAAAUGAAAGCUGAGAUGAAACGCCGACAGGAAGAACGUGAGAACUUUUUACGUGGAAAAGUAGAGCCAUUGAAACUUGAUGGUCUUGGUGAAAACGAUUUAAAUGCUAAAGUGAAACAGUUGUACGAACGUGUUCGACAACUCGAAGGUGAUAAAUACGAUUGGGAAGAAAAGUUAAGACGUCAAGAUUUUGAGAUCAAUGAAUUAACAAUCAAGGUUAAUGAUGUAAAAGGCAAAUUCGUUAAACCAGUUUUGAAGAAGGUAUCCAAAACUGAAAGUCAUAUGGCACGAUUUGAGAAGAAGGAAGGUGGACAUUCACUUUCUUCUUUCCGUAGUCAACUUAAGUCAACCGGUCAUAGUAAGUACGCUUUGGAGGAAAAGGAUGAAGUCGUGAAUACACCUAAAUAAUAGUUUACUCUAUCUUUUACCCAAAACAUCAAUAAUCAAUUAACAGUCAGUAUAUCGUUCAUAAAUAAACUUUUUUAUUAUUAUUAUCGUAAAACAACAAAGGACAAAACAAUAAAAUGAAUUAAUAUAUAUAUAGACAUUGAAAUUCAUUUAUCAAGUGACCAAACAAGAAAUAAUACAAAAGAAGAUUGGCGUGAUCAAUUAAAAUCCAAAGAAUAAAUCCGAUAAUGUUUUAUUUGUUAACAAAAUAUAUACUGAAAAUAAUAUUAAUGUUAAAUAUCAAAAGAAUGUUUGUUUGUUUUUCCAUACAGAGUAUUGUUCUAUUAACAAAAAUGUAGAUCAAUGAUUCGAUGUAUUUCUUUUUCAUUCCCUAUUUUCUUUUAUCUAUAUCUUUCUUUGUUAAAUUUCUACUCUCUUAUUUUGAAUCUUUUUUUUUUUUAGGUGUAAUUGUAUAGUUGUCCCUAAGUUUUUAUUUUGUUAGUUGAUUUGAAAUGAUAAUGAACAGAAAAGUAUACACCAUAUUGAUUAGUUUAUCUUAUUACUAUGACAUUAUAAAUGUCAUGAAAUUCUUUAAAAUUGUCUAUUACAUUUUUUUUUCAUUUGUCUUCUCUUCUCUAUGAAUCUCUAUAUUAUCAUUCCUUAUUUCAUGUUGUAAUUUUUACAUGCUAUUUUUUGUUGUUACAUAUACAAGUAUGUCAUGGUGCUUUAUUUAAAUUUUAAUGAUUAUCUUCUAGUUUCGAUCUUUUCAAUUUAUUCAUUCUCUAACUCAAUAUCGGAUCAUUGUAGAUCAUUAUUCGAAUAAAAACUUCAUUUCCCUUUACUUCUGUCAUGGUUAUUACAUUCGUUGAAUAAUAUCAAUGUUAAAUUAUCAGUUUAUCCUAUUUUAACUUGGCAAAUUAAUACAAACCUGCUUAAGCAUUAAAAAAAAAUUCUAAUUAGUUAUUGCACCUCGAUCUAUAUUCCUCUGACUAUUGUUUCUCUCUCUAUCUAUAUGUGUGUGUAUCAGUUUUUUUGUUUACUUCUCUCAUAAUACUUAUUUCAAAUACUGCGUUGCUACUUGAUGUCUAUUAUUUAAUUCCCUGUUAUGAAAGUCAGUAUAAUGAAAACUUGAAAUAAAAUACCCAAUACUUUCUUGUUA